UGGCUCCCCACCCUCUACAGGUUGUCAGCAACAGAAAUGGUCACCCACCAGGCCAAAUGUAAUGUCUGUAAGAGCUUUCCUAUCACUGGACUAAGGUAUCAUUGUCUGAAAUGCCUAAACUUUGACCUUUGCCAAGUCUGUUUCUUUACUGGACAAAACAUCAAACCCCACAAGAAGUCGCAUCCUGUGGUAGAACACUGCAGGCCAGUGUCAGCAAAAGAGAACCUCAAGCUAUUUUUCCGUAUGAUCCGAAACAAUUUGCUGCCAGGACGUUGCAACAGGAAAGAAGCGCUGAGAAGAAAGGUGUUGGGGAUGACAGGUAACAGAGAUUUUUCUGCCCCAGGCCAAACACUUCCUGCUCCCAUUCAGCUCAUUUCCUCAGGAGAUCUUGGACCAUCUGACCUGAAACUUGAACAUACUUUAGAACUUCAGCAGAGCAAAUCUUCAGAUGGCCAAAUAUCCCAAGCACAGCAGAAAGAAAAUAACAGCAGAUUACUCAGCCCAGAAAUAAUAUCCAGUCAGGUGCUUUCUUCUGUUAAGGUAGAGUUGGCUAAAACACAGGAAUCGAUCAACGCUCUUCAGAAUGAGAACAGGUACCUGAGGAAGCAAGUGAGCAAAUGGAAGAACCAAGUGCAGGUCCUUCACUCUGCUCAAGAAGAGAGAAACUGCGCACUGGGGGCCAGGUUUGAUGAGUUGAUAGUGAACCAGGAAAACCUCAAGAUGGAGCUCCAGAAAAUGGGAAUAGAAAUUAAGACUUUACAUAACAAGAAAUCCUUGAAGGAAAAGAAUGUUCAGAAUGGAUCCAGUUGUCCUCCAUCAAAGGUGAAGCAUAUGAAAUAUUUGAAGUACAAGUCUUUGGAUUGCUCAGCUCCCUCAGUUGAACAGAAGUGGUUCUUGAAGGAACCACAGACUGGCCCACUCACCAGAAAUUCCAGAUCACCGGAAGCCUCAUUGCAGUCACAGUUCUUCCCAAAUACCAGUCCUGAAGUUGCACAUCGCAAAAAACCAAAUGGGAGAACUGUUCCUCUUACAAAUGGUUCUGGAGAUCAAAAGCCUGAACACAUCGGGGACCAUCUAAGUACUAGGUUUAAGACCUUAAGCUCUCACUCUUCCCCUAUAAUGGAGACAUGUCUCACCAAGAGGCAGACAGAAGAGGAAGAACUGCAGCACUUAGUGAGGAAGCUGAAGGAUGCCCUGUCCUUCCAAGUACAACCAGAUCAGCCAUGUGACCACAAGAAUGGAUUGCUCUCCACAGCUGAGCAUGUUUAUAAGUCACUCUCUAGUGUCAUCAGCCAAGUAACUUUGCCAACUAGGGAAUAUGAAGGCGGUGAUACUGGUCCGUUCCCAUUGCUUGAUUGCCCAAGAUAAAGAAGAUAGCCACUUCAUAUUCACUCACAAAGGAGUCACCUGAAUUUGCGAAAACGUGCCUAGAUGUUGGGGAGAAAGCAACAUGAAAAUAAAUUUCUAGUGUAUCCGAAACUAUACUUCUCCUGACAUGAUCAAUACUGUUUCUUAUUUCACGUCAUUUUCAACUUUCUAAGUAUUGAUUAUUUGAUAUGAUAGACCAAACUCUCUCAAUUCAGUGCUUUCAGUUGUGUUGGACUACAACUCCCCCCCCCCAUUCCCAGCCACAUGACUUAUAAGUGUUGUCCUUUAAAACAUCUGAUGGGAACUCAGAUGAGGUAAGGGAGUGUUACUUUCAGGAGACAGAUGCUCAAUGUACUUUAAGCCACCCUGACCAUCUGAUCAGAAUGUGGAUGAGGCAGGAGCUUUGCUGAAAUGGCUGAGCAAUUUUAACAAUAUUCUUUAGCAAUGUUAGCAAUAUUCUUGAAGCUGUGACAAAAUCUUAGAAAACCAUGCAGGCAAAAAGAGUAUUCACAGUUUAGGACUUGUGCUCGCAAAAUUCACAUUUUUCAUUAUUGUUAAA